GACCACCUCGCAAACCAGGGCGUCGACAUCAAACUCAGCGCGAUGGUCAAGGAGGUGGACGAGUCGCACGUGUCCUUGAAGGUGAAGGACGACGGUUCCAUCCAGAAGAUGGACUACGGCUUGCUCGUGUGGGUCGCCGGCGUGGGCAUGCGGCCUUUCACCCGGUCGAUGUGCGAGAAGAUCGGCAAGGAGAACGGCCAGACUGACCGGCGUGGGCUCCUCGUCGACGAGUGCCUCCGCGUCAAGGGCACGCGGCCUGGCGAGGUGUUCGCGAUCGGCGACUGCGCCGUGAGCGGCAAGCCGCCCACCGCCCAG